AUGUUAAGAGAGGGGCAAACGAUUCAACAGACGAAACCACCACUGAUUCUCAGGGGACCUCAUGGAUUCGAGCUGCGAGUGAUAGACGUGAACUUUGAUGGAACGGGUGUUGCAACAAUUGCCAAUAUACACGUAAAUAAUGGUGCUGUUGAAGUGCUUAACACGCUUCGUGAAAAUCUGAGCCGUGCCCGUAUCUACGAUAUUUUCACCGACGGCAAUAAUGUAUGGGAACCAUUUAAUGACCACUUUACACAACCCGCUGAUGUUCAAGAAAACUCUAUUUGGGACCAAACGAUUAAUUUUUGA